GGGGCUGCUUUGUCCUUGGGGGGUCCCCAACCAUUAAUUAGGGCCUGGGGCUCUGUGCUGGCAGCUUCGGGCACCCUGAGGGUCCCCCUGUCCAUCCGUCCAUCCUGGGGAUGGCCACCCCACGGGCAAAGAGGCCCCGCAGGGAGAGCAGUGGGGACCUGGGGCUCUCGGCCACCAAACCCCGGGCUCGCCAGCAGGCCAAGAGCCGCCAGAGAGGAGAGGAUGGGGGCAAGCGUGUCCCGGGUCCCCCCCUGGAGCCUGUGACCCCCGGGAGGCGGCAGCUGGCCAGGCUGCGCUUCGGUGGGGAGCAAGGCAGCCUGGUGUCUCCUUCCCUCUGCCCAGGGGAACGGGGUGAGCCCCUCCAUUGUGGGGUGGUCCCUGCAUGGGGAGGGGGGCAGCCCUGGGCUGCAGUGCUGGGAGCCCCCCGGAGCCCCCCCUCGCAGCCCUGCUAUAAGGGAGCCUACUUCUCGGGGCUCCCUGCGGAUGAAUGCCAGGACCCCGCUGUCCCCAGCCUGCCUCCCCCUGCGCCCCCUACACCCGGCCGCCGCAGGACCCGCAGCACCCCGGAGCACACCCUGGUCCUGGAGCUGGAGGGGACCCUGGUCUGCUCCUCCGUGCUCGCCAGGCGGCUGCCGGGUGCCGUGGCCUCCUUCACCACCUCCUUCCAGGGCGACGCCUAUACGGUCCGCGUGCAGCUGCGUCCCCACGUGCAGCAGUUCCUCGAGAGCCUUUCCAAGACCUUCGAGAUCUUCAUCUUCACAACAGCGAAGCAGGACUAUGCUGAGAAGAUCCUGGAGGUUCUGGACCCCAAAAAGAAGCUGAUCAGGCGCUGCCUCUCCCAGCGGGACUGCCUCUGCGCCCACGGCUGCUACUGGAAGGAUCUGUCCCUGCUGGGCAGGGACCUGGCCAAGACGGUGGCCCUGGACCACACCAUCCAGGGCUUCCCCUCCCAGGCUGCCAACUGGAUCCCAGUGCCGAGGUGGUUUGGGGACCCCGGGGACGAGGAGCUGCUGCGCCUCGUCCCGCUGCUGGGACAGCUCUGCCGGGCGGACGACGUGCGCACCGAGGCGCAGCAGCGGCUCCCGCGCUGCAGGCUGCCCACCGAGGACUAGGACAGCCCACAAGGAGGGGAGCGGGACGGGGAAACCCCCCGGGAGGGACCCUGGCUUGGGGGGGGGGGGGGGGUGCUGCUGUGGGGAAGGCUUGCUGCAGAACGAGCAGCUCUUGGCCGUUGCCCAGAGCUCUGUAACGUCCUGCCAAGGGGUGCUUUCGUGGAUGAUUACGUGCUUGGACAAAGGUCUUGCUCUCGUCGUUGCCUCCCGAGUACGCCUCAGCUGUGCAAACACGCCGAGCCUGGGGACGGAUGGCUCAGCCCGCUGCCACCCUGCGA